AUGGCUGCACUCAGAGCGUCCUACCACAGGAUCUUGGACAGGAUCGAGCAUAUACUACCUGCCAAACUGAGACCUCUUUAUAAUCAUCCUGCUGGUCCAAAAACCAUUUUCUUCUGGGCUCCAGUGUUCAAAUGGGGUUUAGUUUUCGCUGGUAUGGCUGAUAUGGCAAGACCCGCAGAUAAAUUAAGUACUUCUCAAUCAGCAGUACUCACUGCAACAGGAUUGACCUGGUCCAGAUAUUCUUUAGUGAUCAUCCCCAAAAACUGGAAUCUCUUUGCCGUCAACUUUUUUGUUGGUACCGCAGGUGCUUCUCAGCUUUACAGGAUUUGGAGGCAUAACCAGGAUAUGAAGGCACAAGCAAAAGAGACCGAAGCCUAA